AUGAAGUUCUCCGCUGUCGUCGUCGGCGCCUUCGCCGCUCUUGCUGCCGCCCAGGGCUCUCAGGUCUCCAGCGCCGUCUCUUCGGCCGUCUCGUCCGUCAGCUCUGGUGCUUCCAGCGCUGCCUCCAGCGUCACCGACCGCUCCUCGCGCUCCAGCUCUGCCAGCGCUGGCAGCAGCGUCACCACCUCUUCGAGCGCUUCCUCCACCACCUCAUCCCAGGCCAGCUCUACCGCUUCUGGUGCCGAGGACGCCAACAGCUCCAGAACCAGCGACACAACCUCGACUGAGACCAUCUACUACGAGUACCCCAACACCUUCCACAAGCCCGUCUCCCCCACUCUUCUCGGCAGCAAGGUCAUCACCAUCACCAACGGUGUCACCCCCACCUACUCUCUUCCCAAGUCCGCCUCUACUUUCGGCGUCACUGUCAGCAACAUCACCACCACCUUCACCUACACCAACACCUUCCACAAGCCCGUCUCCAAGACAUGGCUCACCACCCAGACCUACCAGACCACCAUGGGUGUUCCUGACCUUGCCACCACCUCUGAGGGCUCUGCUGCCAAGAACGCUGUCGGUGCCGUCGGUGCUUUCGUUCUCGGUGUCGCUGCUCUCCUGUAA